UCGAAUCCUGCCGACUACGGCCGGGGCCGCCGCGCCCCAGGCGUGAUUUUUAUUUCCCGCUCGCCCUGCCCGACGGGAGGCGGCGCACGGACGGCGGGGCGGGGGUGAAGCCCGCCUCGCCUCGCCGCGCGGGGCCGGUGCGGCGAGCUCCCGGGACGCCCCCCUCUUCCCCUCUCCCCGCAGGUGGCGGAGGCCCCGCCCCUGCCAGCGCGGGGGCGGUGCGCGAGCGGCGGGGCCGCCUUGGCAACCGCCGGCGGCGGCGGCAAGAUGGCGGACGACCUGGACCGGCUGCUGGACGAGGUGGAGCAGCGGCUCUGCCGCUUGCCAGCGCGGGCGGUGGGCGACGGGCGGGACCGCGGCGGGGGCGAGGACGACGGCGAGGAGAAGGGAGCGGCGGCGGCGGCGGCGGCGGCGAAGGCCAGAUCAGCUAAACUAUUAAUGAGCGCUGGCAGCAGUGAAGAAAAUAUAGACGACAUUUUUGAUGAAAUAUGUAAUGACAGCAGUUUCGCCAAAACCUCUCUGAAAUCGAAGUCUAACUCUGGAGGUAUCACACCUCACAGCAGUAGUCUUGUCAUGCAGGCUUAUGGGAAAAGGUGCUGUCCAGUGUAUCUAGGUGGAAGCUCCUCACCAUAUGGUAUAGGAACAAAUAUUUCAAAAAGAACAUGUGAUCAGCUACGUUGUACUGCUUGUGACUUCCGCGUGUCACUUUACAAUGACUACAUAUGGGAUCAGUCCUGUGAUUAUCUUUUUUUCAGGAAUAACAUGCCUGAACUCAGUAAACUAAGGGCGAAGAUGAUCAAGAAGAAAGGAUCACGGGCAUAUGCUUGUCAGUGCAGCUGGAGAUCCAUUGAUGAAUUAACUGAUCUCCAAACAGACCAGCAGCUUCGAUGGGUUUGUGGUAAACAUGCAGAAUGAAGUCCUCUUGUCUGUUGUAGCUACUUUUAUGCAAAAAACAGCUCACAAGCUCAAUUUGUUUCCCACACAGUUUUCUGAGAGUGGAUGGGAACCUGAAUACUUAUAUCUAGAGAUAGAUUACAACACCCAGAGUUCAAACUGAAAACUUUUUUUCACUUCAACUGUAUUGCAAACCAUUGCAUUGUUAGAAGAAACAGCCUAUUUGGAGGCUUUUUGGAGACUAAAUGAGCUUAAAGCUUAUUUUCAGUAGUGUUAAGGAAAGGAAGAGGAGGUUAACAGACUUAGGUAUGGGGCAAAGAAUAGAAGAAUAUCAGCACCUUGGCUGUGUUCCUCAUAUCCAGCAGAGAGCCUUAUUUCCCACAUCUGCAAAAUCUGUGACUCAAAGAAAAUGAUGAGCUGAGAUGCAGCCAUAACACAAGCAUAUGAAUUUCUAUAUGGAAAUUAAUAUUACUGUUCCACUUUUCCCAUAGCUGUCAACAGUCAUAGAUCUCCUAAAAGAUUACCGCAAGAUCAGCUUUCACCACAAAGGUUUUGGCACACCCCAAAACCUUACUUUCUGUUGCCCACCAGUAGCCAAGAACUGCAGGUGUUGGAAAUUUCCUUCCUAGUUCCUACUCCACUCCAUGUGUUUCUUUCUUCAAAACUUUUUCUGCUGAGCAAGGACUUUCUGUUGAAGUUCCUUGGACCUUUAUCAUAGGGAAUUUCUUGGGCUUUCUUCAGCCUUCACUGCAAGAGGUGAACAGGUUAUUGAACAAUACUGUGUAGUUUAUAAAGUGUUCUGAGGAAUAUUUGGUUCUGUUCCACCAAUAUUUUCAAGGAAAAAAAAAGCUCAGACUUUAAGAGUGAGAAAAAUAUAUCCCCACUGACUUUCAUAUUUGGAAUCUUUUCAGUUUACAUAGUUUCGCUUCAAAAUACUACAUAUUCAGAAAGGAUAUCUGUCCUGUUUCAACACAUACUCCUCCCCCAGUAACAUCAUAAUAUCAUGUUACUUGGCAAGUUGUUUUGGUUACAGUUAACGUCACUGUACUUUAUAAGCUUCUUCCUUUUCACUACUUACUUAUAAACAAGACAGGAGUUGGUUUUGUUUUUUGCAGGGGAAAGGAAAGGGUUACCAGUCCUGGAAAUUGUUACAUUGAAAAAUGUCCCAAGUUCCAAAGAGAGACAGUGGGAACAUUUCAAAAUGAGGUGUAACUAAAAAAAAAGGGGGGGGGAUGAGAAAUCUGUCAGUAUUUUUGUUGUGCAUAUGAUACUGUACAGAUAAAUUCAAAAUGACUUGCCUUGUGCAAUUCCAGUUAUACAGAGCUGUUUCUGUUUUUAUGAAAUGUUGCUCACUGCCCUAAUCUGUACACGAUCAGUCUGUUCUUUUUCUGAGCCUUUCCAAGGCAGUUAUAUGGUCUUUCUUACGGAAGUCAUCUAUUGAAUCAGCAGCCUUGUCUGUACCCCUCUGAAAGAGCAGGUCCUGGUAAUGGCCAGAGGUGUCAUGUACUCUGCAUCCCACCCAUCUUCUUGGGUGAGUGUUUGUGCAGAGCCUGUGGAGGACCUGCAGCGUGUCAGGGAGGCCUGACAGUGCGCCUGUACACGGUGCUCCAGUGCCCUAGAGUUCACGUUCCAGGGGCUGUGCUGGUAGGCACAGAGAUGAGCCUAAAACAUGGUGGUUGGCUUUGGAGAAGAACGUCAGUUUCCCCUGGCAUAAUGAUACAGACAUAUUUAGUAUAAUUUGUUGUUUCCAGGGCAAUUGGUGUUUCAGGUUGAAGUUCCAACUGCUAGAGUCUAAUACUGCAGGUUUGGGAGACAGGGAGACCUGGAGAUCAGUUGGUCAGUGCUCAGCAGAUACUGGACUAGGUCAGCUUACUUUCUGCCCUUUACAAAGAGAUACCUAAGUGAUUUUUAUUCCUAAGGAACUUCAGAGCUGAUGGUAAGAGAAGAACCCAACAGUAGUAUGUAAUUUAAUAACAAGCACUGCAGAAGAAAAAAACUACUUUCCAUUCUCCAUCUUGAAGAAAAAUACAUUUCAGUAACAGCUUUGGCUCACCUCUUCAAAGGACUUUGGAGACUGUGAUGACUGAGUAGCCCAGGGGAUGCGGUUUUGGCCUGGAUUUCCACUGGAACUUGUGCCAUAAUGCAGAGAACAAGUUAGGCUUGCAACUUGUGAGCAGGAAAAAGGGAAAAUCUGAAUACCCAUCUCAGUUCAUAACACCAAGUCUUAUGGAGUUGUCCGAUGCCAUGUCACUUGGCAAAGGAGCAUGUCUCCUGUACCCUGUUUUAAACAAACAGGAAUAGUCAUCCCCCUCUGGAAUAGUUUACGCUGCCAAGUGUGUGAAGGAAAACGUGGAAACAAAAGGUCAAGACAUCUGUUCUGGUGAUUUGGUGACAAGAAGACAGAAAGCUUGCAGCAGUUGAAAAUGGAGGCUAGGGAGGAAUUGAGACAAAAGGUCUGAGAGUGUAGAAGUAAAAGGAAUUGACACAAAUACCUAUUGAUAGUAUCAGUCAGCAAUUCUCAGAGGUCACCUCAUCCCUCAGUCUUCUUUUAGUCUAGAGAAGUGUAGAAACAGUAUUGUUUCUGGAUAGAGAUCGUUAUCGUGUGAUUAUAUCGCUAGCACCCUUAAGAUUGCACUCCAGGCACUGAAAAUUUAGAAGAUGGUCUCUUUUGUAGAUGUGUGUGGAAACCUGAGCAUUUCCCUGAAAUCAUCAUGUUUAUUCAAGUACAGUUACUUGUUUCUGACCUUGAACAGAAUGGUGGGCUAUGAUAGCUCUUUGUCUAAGUGAAGUUAAAGAUGUGUAGAAAUAGUACUUACUGCAUUGUCUUUCAUUACAGAAUUUAGCCUAUUUCUAGAUUGGAGAAUAGUUACUAUGUCAUUAAAAGUAAUUAUCUUGGAGGAAAGAGGAGUGGUAUUAAGAAUUAGAUUUUCCUGCCUGUGUUUUCUUCAGUGUUAACAUAUCACAAACCACUGCAAAAUCCUCAAAUGAGAAGAAUGUCAAGAAAGCUAAAAUUGGAGCUUGAACACUUAUUUGAUGAAGGUAUUACAAGAUUGCACAUGUAUUUCAAUAUGUAGCCUAGUCCUUAAGUGAUACUUCCUUGUCAGUUAUCUGAGAUAGUAGGGAUUUUACAACAAAUUUUGUAUAAGAAUGCAGUUCAGCUGUUGUCAAACAGAAGUACUGCAGAACAGUUUUGCUAAGUAUAAAUGUGACCUUUGUUUUCUUCCAGUUUUUGCUCUGGAAGAAAUAAUACCAUUUUUGCCUGUGGAAUGGGCACAAUGAAAAUUUAAGACUUCCAUUUUGUUUGAGUGAGUUGCUUGGAAAUUUUCUAGCUUGCACCAUUAUUAUGUAGCAGAUCCCUCAGCAAAACAAGACAAUGAAGUAUGACAAAAUGAGUCCACACAAAAGCAUUCUCUUGGAAAUGUAAUCAGUGAUUUAAUGCCACCCCAACAUCUUGUCUUCUAAAGCAGUUUCCCUGCAAUACCUCUGGAUAGGAAUCAAAUUCUGAUGUAUGCAAUACAUUUUAAUAGCUUUUCUUUAUCAAUUUUUAAUGUGCUGUUCUAACUGAGUAUCUUACUUGUUUUCCCUGCAAAAAUAUGUCCAACUCAGAAUGUGUAUAUAGCUCAGGAGACUUAAUUAUUAAGGAUAUUGACCUGCCAUAAAACUUUACUUACAGAAGCACAAUAGCAUUACAUAUUGCAAGGUCUGUAUUGUGUAAAAUUGAAUAAAGAUUUUUUUUUAUGAA